AUGAUGGAGUUACUUAUUGGACUGGUGGCCGCCCUGGGGCUCCUCAUUCACGGUGAGGAUCACUGCUGAGACAGUUUGUGAUCUCCCUUCUCCAUGUUGAAGAGAUGAUCCUCUUCUGUUUGGACAUUGGUCGUCUUCUUCAAGGACACUGAAUAACCAUUUCCUCUUUUUCUUGUAUCUCAGGUUCAUCAGGAGAAAUUAUCCUGACUCAGUCUCCUGGAGCUCAGUCUUUUCUUCAAGGACAGACGGUUUCUGUCAGAUGUAAAUCCAGCACACUUAUAGGUGAUGACAUCAACUGGUACCUUCAGAAACCAGGAGAGCCUCCCAAACUCCUCUUUGCUGAUACUACAUAUCGUCAGUCUGGAGUUCCUGAUCGUUUCAGUGCGACGGCACAACAGACUGACUUCACUUUGACCAUCAGAGGAGUACAGACUGAAGAUGCAGGAGUUUAUUAUUGUCAGCAGCGUAACAGCCGCCCGUUCACACAGUGA